UCCGCCAUGGAAGAGUGUGUGAGUGAGCUUGUAAGGGUGGGUACGUGAACAUGUCAUGUUGUCACCCAUACUGGUAGCAGCAGAAUUUGAAAUCAACAAAAUCAUUUUUUUAUUAUCUUUCGAAGACGUUCUCCGUUUUACUUUUCUACUGCGAAUGUUACGACAGUAAUGAUAUAAAUGUGUUCCUUUGGCCCCGUUUAAACUUGACGCAGAGAAUCUAUCUAGCGAGGUUGAAAGUAAGAGAGAGUGAAUUUGAUAAAGAUCAAAGAGAGAAAGAGAUGAGGGUGUUUCCUAGGUUCAGAUCCCUGUCAAGAGCAGUUCAUCAGGAACAGGAACAAGAACAUGAAGAAGAGAAAAACAACGCAGAAAAGUUGAGCACGUCCCUGACAGUUUGGAGAAAAUCCUUGGUGAUGAGUUGCAAAGGAUUCACUGUGAUCGAUUGUUAUGGGAAUUUGGUGUAUCGGGUCGACAAUUAUAUUGGUCGACCCAACGAAGUCACACUCAUGGAUGCCUCGGGAAGAUCUAUUCUCACCAUGUUCCGCCGCAGGAGGCUUGGAUUGUUGGAUGAAUGGUUUGUGUAUGAAGGGGAAGUGGGGAACAUUAGAAGAAGGAGAAGUAACUUGUCUAAGCCAUCAAAGAGUCCAAUUUGUUGUGUGAGGAAGAAUGUUAAUAUUUUACAUGGCAACUCCAAUGUUCUGGCCUAUGUGUUCAGUGGAGUUUCACAUUCAGAUAAACGGCAUGUGGCGUUUACUGUAGAGGGUUCCUACGCACAUCGUACGUGUAAGGUGUUGGAUGAGUGCAGAAGGGUCGUGGCUGAAAUUAAGAGGAAGGAAGCAAACACCAAAAACGUCUCUUUUGGGAUAGAGAUUUUUCAGUUGGUUGUCCAUUCUGGCUUUGAUCCUGCGUUUGCCAUGGCACUCGUCUUACUCCUCGAUCAAAUGUUUUCGUGACACUUUUUCAUUCUACAUGCGCUUUUUCUGCCUCGUGUUUUGUUAAUAUUUUGAGAUGUAGUAUAUUUCAAGUUUUGAUAUGUUGUUCACGAGAGAGAUCAUAAAGGAAAACCCAGAUUGGCCUAGGACUGUUACGUUCAGUUUCUCAAUUCCUUGUUUCUUUCUUUCUGAUAAAAUUUAUAGAAAUUCAA